CGCUGCUAGGAGCCUGUCCGCUCAGCUCUGUACCCACUAAUUGGUCUCAUCAGGCGGCGGGCGGGAGCGCUCCCGAGGCGCGGAUCCGAGCCGUGUCAUCCGCUUAGCGCCCUCGCACCAUCCUGCGCUCCCGCCCCGCGCCCCCUCCCGCCGCCGCUGUCGCCCCCACUGUCAGCUCUGCACUUGUCGCCAGCCCAGGGCAUGCUCCGCGCUCCGGCGCUGGGCCUUGGCUGUGGCGAGCGACACAACCCGCCGGCAGAGAUAUGGGGCGCGGCCCGCGGGCCAUACUGGCCCUGGGACUGCUAUUCCUCCGCCUGGCCCAAGCCAACUUCGCCCCCCACUUCUUCGACAACGGGGUGGGCAGCACCAACGGAAACAUGGCCCUUUUCAGCCUCCCGGAGGACACCCCUGUAGGCUCUCAUGUGUACACCCUGAAUGGGACAGACCCUGAGGGAAACCCUGUCUCCUACCACAUCAGCUUUGACCCCAGCGUUAGAAGCGUCUUUUCUGUUGACCCCAACUUUGGAACCAUCACCCUGGUUGAAGAGCUGGACAGAGAGAGGGAGGAUGAGAUUGAAGCCACUAUCAGCAUUUCUGAUGGCCUGAAUCUGGUGGCAGAAAAAGUCACGAUUCUGGUGACUGAUGCCAAUGAUGAGGCACCCACGUUCAUCCAGGAGCCCUAUGUUGUCCAGGUUCCCGAGGACAUACUUGCCGGGAGCAGUAUCGCCAAGGUCCAUGCAGUGGACAGGGACACAGGUUCUGGAGGGAGUGUCACCUACUUCCUGCAGAAUCCACACUCCACCAAAUUUGCCAUGGACCGCCACAGCGGUGUGCUGCGCCUCCAGCCUGGGGCCACCCUGGACUAUGAGAAGGCCCGGACCCAUUUUGUCACUGUGGUUGCCAAGGAUGGUGGAGGGCAGCUGCGAGGGGCCGACGUGGUGUUCUCAGCCACCGCCACGGUCACGGUCAAUGUGGAGGAUGUGCAGGACAUGGCCCCUGUCUUCCUGGGCACACCUUACUAUGGCUAUGUGUAUGAGGACACCCUUCCGGGCUCUGAGGUCCUGACGGUGGUCGCCAUGGAUGGAGAUCAGGGCAAACCCAACCGCAUUCUCUACAGCCUCACGAACGGGAGCGAUGGUGCCUUUGAAAUUAAUGAGACGUCUGGAGCCAUUUACGUCAUGCAGAGCCCUGCCCAGCUCCGGAGAGACGUGUAUGAGCUGCAUGUACAGGUGACUGAGGUCAGCUCUGCAGGGACCCCAGCUGCCCAGGCCAUGGUGCCUGUCACCAUCAGGAUUGUGGACCUCAACAACCAUCCACCAACAUUCUAUGGAGAGAGUGGACCCCAGAACAGAUUUGAGUUGUCCAUGUAUGAGCACCCGCCCCAGGGGGAGAUCCUGCGGGGCCUCAAGAUCACCGUCAAUGACUCAGACCAGGGAGCCAAUGCCAAAUUCAACCUGCGGCUGGUGGGGCCUGGAGGCAUUUUCCGAGUGGUCCCGCAGACUGUCCUGAAUGAAGCCCAAGUCACGAUCAUUGUGGAGAAUUCAGCUGCCAUUGACUUUGAAAAGUUCAAAGUGUUAACCUUCAAGCUCCUGGCCAUUGAAGUGAACACCCCAGAGAAGUUCAGCUCUACAGCAGAUGUCGUGAUCCAGCUCCUGGACACCAACGACAAUGUCCCCAAGUUCACUUCCCACUACUACGUUGCCAGGAUCCCCGAGAAUGCCCCAGGAGGCUCCAAUGUGGUGGCUGUCACAGCCGUGGAUCCAGACACAGGUCCCUGGGGUGAAGUCAAAUACUCCAUCUAUGGAUCCGGGGCAGACUACUUCCUGAUCCACUCAUCCUCUGGGAUGAUCUACACCCAGCCCUGGGCCAGCCUGGAUGCCGAGGCCACCGCCAGGUACAACUUCUAUGUGAAGGCAGAGGACAUGGAGGGCAAGUACAGCCUGGCCGAGGUGUUCGUCACGCUGCUGGAUGUCAAUGACCACUACCCCCAGUUUGGAAAGAGGGUCCAGGAGAAGACGAUGGUGCUGGGGACGCCGGUGAAAAUCGAGGCCACAGACCAGGAUGCAGAGGAGCCCAACAACCUGGUGGACUAUUCCAUCACCCAUGCAGAGCCAGCCAACGUGUUCGACAUCGACGCACACACGGGGGAGAUCCGGCUCAAGAACUCCAUCCGCUCUCUGGAUGCCCUGCACAACAUCACACCCAACGGGGACCGCAUCUGGUCCCUAGAGGUGCAGGCCAAGGACCGCGGCUCCCCCUCCUUUAGCACCACGGCCUUACUCAGGAUUGACAUUGUAGACACUGAGAUGCAGUCCCGAAGUCCCAUGGCUGCCUUUCUGAUGCAGACCAAAGACAACCCCAUGAAGGCCGUGGGCGUGCUCGCCGGCAUCAUGGCCAUUAUUGUGGCCAUAACUGUCCUCAUAUCCACUGCCAGUUUCUGGCGCAACAAGAAGUCCAACAAGGUCCUGCCAGUGCGGCGAGUACUCCGCAAGCGGCCCAGCCCUGCACCCCGCACUGUCCGCAUCAAGUGGCUCAAGUUCGGAAGAACCAAGGCCGCUGACAAGUUUGUGCUCAGAGAGGAUCGUCCCAAUGAGAACUGUAACAACAACAGCCUGGGAAGCACCCCGCCCCCCACAGCCCCUGCUCCCCCUCCACCACCCAGCAUGGGCCCGGCCCACUGGACGGUGCCUACAGUCUCUGGCUCGCUCGCCCCUCGGCAGCCUCCACGGUCACCAAAACCCAAGGCCGUGGGAAGCCCUGUCCAGUCAGCUCUGGUGUCUGAGCUCAGGCAAAAGUUUGAGAAGAAGAAUGUGCAUAACAAGGCUAACUUCUAGAGUGCGUCCUGUGGUCCCUCUUCCUCACCCCAACUGCCCUGCUGUCUGGGCCAUGUUUCCCAACUCUGUCCUUAGAGUCACCCCCGUUUUGUACGCUGGUGUAACCCCCGUAUCCAAGGCUCUGGAUAGUGCCUUGGACAAGGGAUUUAUUUCUCUGGCAGUGGAUGCAAUUAGAAAGUGCUUCUCCGUAACCAAGCUCCUUGGCCCAGCAGCAGUGCCCCCCAUUCUGCAGAGGCUGGGAGUCAACAAGGAGCCAGCUUCUGUGUCUUCUGCUCAUCAACCUGAGACUUCACAGUGACCUUCGGGUCCUGCUGGGGCCCCAGCUUCCCUAGUCCAGGAGUAGGGGUCCUGGCCACAUAUGACAAGGCCAGCUAGAACCUGGAUCCUGAGGCCUCCAGUUAAGAGCAGGAGCAGGAAAAGGAGGUUCAGUGCUAACUAAGGUUGAGAGUCAGCAAACCUUACAGGCUGCAGGAGAGCAAAUGCAGCUCGGGAGGGCAAGGAGGCAUUGAAAACUCACGCUGACUGUCGGCCUCUGCUUAAAAGCCACUGGGAAAGUGGAGGAUGGGAUCCAGGCAGAGACUAUGGGCCCCUGCUGCACCCGUACGGGACCAGGGACAGAGGUGUAAGAUGGACCUUGCAGGAGUGAGGGCAGAUGCUCCAGCCAGAGCUGCCCUGGGCCAAGAAAUGGCCAGAGCCACACUGGUAGCCCUAGAAGCCUCUGGAAGUCAAGUCCCCUUAGGAGCUGCUCCACCAGAAGUCCUUGAAGAGACAGUGCUGGGCCGAGAUCUGAGGAGACUUCCAUUUUCAUUCAGCUCUUCCGCUCCCAUGGUGUAACCUUGGGAAAGCUGUUUCCACUCCCUGCUCACCAUCUUCCUCAUCCGGAAAAUGAAACAAGUGAGUCUGCCUCAUUCACAGAUCCAAGCUGAGGAUCAAAAUAAGUAGUAGUGACAAGGGCUUUAACCAAGUGCAAAGCGGCACCAAUAUAAAGUAUUUUUCCACAGGCCAGUUCUUCAGGUGCCGUUCUUCCACAAAGUAUUAGGAGCCUCUCCGCUAUUCUGCCAAGCACCCCCAGGUGGCGCUGUUCUGGUGAGGGUGCUGCCACUGAUCCACCACAGGCAGAGCUGGACCUUGCCAUUGCUCCCUUUCCAGGUCUCCUCCCCACCCCCCGCCCCACGCCCCUCCAGCUCCACCCCCCCUCCACCAGCCCAGGCCCCAUCAGAGAGGACGGGAGCUGGGCAGCACAUCCAGCCAAGACUCCAUUUUGCCAAGAUGCCGAAAAUGAGUUCCCAGGAAAGGAAUGAUUGCCAAGGCCACACAGCAGUUUGGUGACAGGGAGCUGGUCUGAGGGUUCCGGGACCCUCAGCAUUUUCCACUAGCCAAGCACACCUAGUUAGCAUGUGACCACCUCCGCCCCCAGCGGAGGCAACACGCAGCCCUUUUUAUGCAAAGAAGUUCCAGAUAACUUUAUGGAAAUAUGUCCAGAGGAAAUCUAGAGGUAUGCCCACCGAAAGAAAUGGAGCCAUUCUUUGCAUUUCACUCCACUUACAAAUGACCCCUCUAGAAAAUAUCGGUGAUUUUAUUGAAACAGAUCAUAUGCACGUAUGGUUAGCUUGAUUUCUGAGUCUGUUUGGAGUUGUUGCUCAGCUGUUCCGGCAUGCAGGCUCCUUGCAGGGGUUUCUGCUGUCCUCAGCCCAGAGAGAUUAAGAGUUGAGCUCUAACAAGCCAGGAGCCCAGACUGAACAAAGAGGUACUUUGCAACCAGUGGUUCAAAACAGGGCUAGACUUGAUCAUGUCUGCCCUCCACCGGCAAUUCAGCAUCCUUAAUUUGCAUGCGGUCAACCUCUUUUGUAAAUGGUAAAUAAACCUGUUACCCAAAAGCCAAA